GAUUGAUUUGUGCGUUCAGUUGUUGGACGAGGUAAUAUGUGUUGUGUCUCAGCGAGAGUAUUAGUUGAGUAGGUUGUGCUAAGGAUGUCUGAGAUGUCGGACGAGUGAGGAGGGGUUGAAGACCAAGAAGAAUGAACAUGGCCUUUUUAUGGACCGUGGCUCAAGCUCACUACUGCGCUACAGCAAGUGCAAAAGCUUCAAGGCACCGACUCCCGUACUCGAACACGGUCCAGCGGCGGUCCGCGCGUUCCAAUCACCCUGAUGCGACUGGUGUUGUGCCGUGACCAAGGGACCUCUGCGACGGGAUUGUGUGGCCAGGCACUUUGCCAAGUAAGUGCUUCUUCUUGGCUGCGCAGACUGUGGUCAGUUGAUCACUUGGAGAACAAUACUGGAUAAUGAUGGCCCGCUCAUUGGUUGCCUGGCCCGCGGUGUUUUUGCGCCGCCGAGGUACCUGGUGCAUCGAGUGGGCAGCGGAGACGGCGCAAGCCGCGCCCGCGCCCGCCAUCGCCAUCGCCAUCGCCAUCGUAACAGCGACCCUCUCUCGAGUUUCACCCACAUCGCUAGACUCCCGCAAAUCUGAGCCUGCAAUGCUGCGCGUUUGCUCAGCAUGCUGAAAUGAGCGAGGUAGCCACUGGUGAGCCAAUGAAUGAGGCGUCCGGCUCUCUUGAGGCGUGCGUCUGCGCGAUGAAGCCAAUUCGCUUUCCGUUUGGCGUCCCUACACCACGAAGGAACCAUUGUCGGAGUGACAUUGCGGAAUGCGGCCGAUGGUGUGAUUAUGCGAUGAUUGAUGCCUUCCGUCUCGUCGCCGGGAAACAGAUUCGCCAUAAGGGAGCGCUCGUAAGCAGCUGGGACCCACAACGCAGAGCUGAGCAGAGUUGUGCUUAGCGCAGACACCAGCGAAUCUUGCACGUCUUAAUCGCUAUUAUUCAGAGUAGAUGAGCGACGGUCUCCGCGGCACCGCCACGCUCAUCUACCCCAUCCAUAGAUGCAUCGUAGCCACUGGCCACUGGCCACUGCAACGGUCGCGGAAGCGGCGGAAGGAGCGUCUGAGAUCGGUGUUGCCUGUUCAGGUCAUGAGGACGAGCGCGCAAUCAAGGAGGAUCUUGAUGUGCUCAUUUGCGACCGUGCGGAAGCAGGUGCCGCGGUUUUGGUGCGACGCAAUUGCAUGCAAGGGAGCCGACAUCCGACAUGUUCAUGAUUGAUUGACGAAGAAAUUAAUGUUCGGGCAGCGCAGCACGGAUCAGCUCGAGACUAAACUGAUGAAUGACCGCCUUCCAUUGGGCCGGGAGCCCUGAUGGAAUCAGAAGGCUUGUUCUGAGCAAGCGAUGGAGCCGUGGUAGAAGUCGUCGAUGCCACAACUACACGACGUCGCGGUAGAGCGGCAACAGGCAGACCUCCAUGCAUUCAGCUAUGGCACGCCGUCGAAGAUGUAGUGGAGAGGGCUUGAGGAUCGCAUUCAGCUGCGGGCUGUAUCGCCUCGCUAUGCCAUCAUCUCAAUCUGCUGACGUUGUGUUGACGCUGUAGCAUAUGGCGCGAAGUUCAAGUAACGCCAUGCAGUGAUGGCUUGCGCCAAGAGCUGGGGUGUUUGCCAUGACGUGCAACGACUUGGCGCCGCCAUUCGAGUUGCACUGGCGCCGUGUCUUCUGCUUGCGGCCAUGUGCCAUCGCCCAACGUUUGCCCUUCACACCACUCUCGCGUGGAAUCACUGCGGUUUCGAGAACGUGAAAGGAUGCUUCGUGCUGGAUACGAUGUGGUGCGAGUCCCGCUCGUACCUCGAUCGUCCUGAUCCGCCCUUGCGCGCCUGCGGGCGGGAGUAACGCCGAUCGCCGCAAUCGUGAAUGCGACUAGGUCGGACUGUGAGGCCUUGUGCGACUGAGCGGUGUGGUGUUUCGUGGUGGAUGUUGGCGGGUGCACCAACAUCGCAACGUGCGAAAAAGCUUCCCCGAGGCUGAGGGUCCCCCGGCAGGACGAGAAGGGUUGCGCUGUUUGCCCUAGUGGCCAGCCUGGGUGGGGUGAGCGCCAUCUUGCCUCGACGUCGUCAGCUGGUUCGAAGCAAGCCAAAGGCAGGAAUGUAGCG